AUGGCGCUGAACGUGGGCUUCUCGCGCGGCGGCACCAGCUCCUGGGCGGACGAUGACGACGAUGACGCGGACUUCCAGCCGCUACCGGGUUCCGCCAAAAUCUCUGCAACGGAGACGCCACCGCCUAUCGAAGAGGAAGAGACGCUGCAAAAAAGAGAGCAGCAAUACGACGAACCUCGUCAAGGCUCUCACCGCGAGCAUUUUCGAGAUGAAGGACGUGACGGUCAUCGAGACCGUCGUGGCGGGUACGAAGAGCGUCGCGAGGUGCGUGCCCCACGAGAGGAGCGGCCCAAGAACCCGGUGCCGGACGCUGGUCCGUGGAAGCUGUUUGUGGGCAACUUGUCGUACCGUGUGACACCAGACGAUCUGGCCGAGUUUAUCGGUGUCGACGGCAUUAAAGACAUUCGACUUCCACGUGACUAUGACAAUCGGUCCAAGGGCAUUGCUUUUGUGGAGUUUGACGACAAGGAAAAGCUCGUAAAAGCGCUCGAGCUGGACGGAGUCGACUGUGACGGCCGUCGAGUUAAGAUGGACGUGGUGCUCGAGAGUGAUCGCAAGUCACGCGACAAGGGGCGAUUCGAGAAGCGUAGCGACCAAUCAUCGACUGAUCGUUCGCGGAGACGCAGUGAGGGCAACAUUGCUCCACAAGAACGCCCGCGUCUGUCGCUGUUACCACGCACCACUUCUUCCGGGCAAAAAGAUUCGGGCGAACACAAGCCCAACAUUUUUGGUGAGGCGAAGCCGCGCGAUGAAAGUGCUUACUUGGAGCGUAAGAAAGCUUUGGACCUCGAGCGCGAGAUGAAGGCCAAAGAGGCGAAGGAAAAGGCCAAGGAAGCUAAGGAGGCUAAGGAGGCCACAGAAGCCAAAGAGGCCAAGGCUAAGGUUGACGCCGAGGUUGCUGUGUCCGCUCGCAAGAGCUCACGUGACGAUGGCUCUCGUCGCGGUCGAGGGCGUGGCCGUGGUGACCGUCGUCCCGUCGACGGCGGUCGUGGUCGUGGUGCUUCCGUAAAGGAAAACGUCGACGGCGGUCGUGGUCGUGGUGCUUCUGUAAAGGAAAACGUUCCUGCACGGAAGUCGGAAGUUCGCCCGAAGCGAGUUGAGCCUGUCAAGAUCAAGAUCUUGGAACCGGCGCCGGCAAAAACAGCCAACCCGUUUGGUAUCCUGAACGACUCCGACUCGGAUUCAGACUAG